ACACCUGACCAUCUCUAGUCAGAGGAGAGCGCGCGAGGCCGCAGGCGGACAGACACUCCUUGCGCCCCGCCAAACUGAAGAGGGCGACGACAUGCCGCGGUCUUUUCUGGUGAAGAAACAUCCCAGCAGUAAGAAGCCAAGCUACGGAGGACUGAAGUCAGAGACUGAGGAGGCCCCCUGCAGCACCCACAAAGAUUCUCUGCACAAUGAAAUCCCUCCUCACCAUCACUCAAAGCCACAACAGAGAGCCCAGUCUCUCUCCUCCUCCUCCUCCUCCUCCUCUUCCUCUUCCACUUGUCAUCGUUCUCUCAGAGCAGACCGACUGCAUCUUCCAUCUUCUCCAAACGCCUCCCCUCACUCCCGCCCUGCAGAAGCUUAUAAACCAGCUGAAUCCUGCACCAAAGUGAACCUGGAAGUCCAGUGUGUCACAGCAGACCACAGGCGGAGAGAGAGUCUUCUCCCUCCGUCCCUCCCUCUCCUGGCCCUCUUUCCAACCAUCCCUCCCGGCGGCAGCAGGCAGGAGAGCUUCAAGUGUUUGGACUGUCAUAAAGAGCACUUGAGCUUCUCGGGCCUGGCCAAACACAAGCAGCCCCAGUGUGAGUGGAGCAAUAAGAAGUACUUCAGCUGUAAGUACUGUGAGAAGGAGUACGUCAGCCUGGGAGCGCUGAAGAUGCACAUCAGGACACACACACUGCCCUGUGUGUGUAAAGUCUGUGGGAAGGCGUUCUCUAGACCCUGGCUGCUUCAGGGACAUAUACGAACACACACAGGAGAGAAACCAUUCUCGUGCCUCCACUGCAGCCGAGCUUUUGCUGACCGAUCCAACCUGCGAGCUCACCUCCAAACACACUCCGAAGUGAAGAAGUACCAGUGUGUGAGCUGCUUCAAGACCUUCUCCAGGAUCUCCCUGUUAGCCAAGCACCAAGAGGCAGGCUGCCCUCUGUCCUGACAGCCUGUGAACAUCAACCCACUCCAAAAUACUCUUCUGUGGAGUCUCACUGUUGUCCGUGCAACAGCAUCAUCUCAGAGGAACUGCAGCGAUCUUUGCAUAAGUUGUUUUGUGGAUCAUAAAAUCUUGUGCUCGAGCAGUGGAAAAAAGCUGUGUCAUGUGAUGACAGUGAUUUUACAGAGGCAGCUUGACAAAAAUGUGUUUCAACGUGUAACUUCCUGUCAGGAACCACUUGCUUUGUUGUUAAGCAUACAUGUAUUUCUAUGAAGUGUUUACAAUGCAGAGAUUGAGGAGACCACAACUGAGCCAGUCACAGCCACACAUGUAGGCUGAUGUUCUUUUAGGCCCAGCACUCAGUCACCGUCUCAGUCAUUACUCCUGCCACUCCUCUGCUGUUAUAGGAUGCUUCUCACUAGGCCUGUUGCAAUUAUCACAGGAUUAUUAAUCACCAUUAUUUGAGUUGAUUAUGAUUUUCCAUCACAAUUUCCAGCGUUUAAGAUUUGACUGGUACUCUGUAAUCAUGCCAUCUCUUGAUUCAUCUCAUUAAUUAAUUACACUUGACUGCACCCCCAACUGUCUAUCUUAACUUUGAAUAUUCAGUUGAAAACAAGCAUUAAUGAACAUUUUCUUUGCAGAUUCUCUGUAAAUUCAGGCAAGAUUUGUGCCUCGUGGAUUGAAACGUGGCUAAUGUUAGACAACAAACUGGGUGCCAUUUCCAUCAGCUGAAUUAAAGCAAAUGAACAGAGAAAACAUGAACAGAGAAAACAAGAGCAUGAUUGUCUGGACAUUACUGCUAUUAGGCAAGUUAUUUCCUUUCAGUUCAUAUGAGACUUCAUUCCCUGCUUUUUGAAGAAAGAUGGUGACAGAGCAGUACCAAUAACAUUAGGCACUACAUUAAGUUAGUAUUGAAUCACACCACGGUUAUGACAUGUAUCCCUUUUGUUUCUGUAUCAAAGUGCAUUUUGUUUGAAAUGCUCUUAAACUGUCUGAGUGACCUUGGGAAAAAAAAACUUGCACUGUUUUGUUAUGUAUAUUUUUGUAUUCAAAUGUUUGCAGACUUGAUAAAAAAAAUAAAAAUUUUGUAUGUACCAGUUCACGUGUGUAAAAACAUGAGGGGUCAGAGAGAGGAAAUCAUAUUUACACUGCAAGUGAUCAAUCCAAACUCCAUUUCACUGUAAUCAAAUAUUGUUCCAUAUUGAUUCUAUGUUUCUCCUGAAAUCUGACAGACAUAACACAUUUCAUACUUUAAUAUUUCAUAUUUGCGAAACUGUUUUGCUUGCUCAUGGUGUGCAUGUGUGUUUCAUAUGUUAGCCUGUAGAAAACAUUCCACAAGUGGUCAAACAAACACUCUGAUCCCAAAUUUCAUUGCA